ACCGCGGGUGUCAUGGCGGUGCCCGGGGCGGCGGCGGUGCCGCUGCUGCUGCUCCUGCUCGGGGCGGCCGCGGGCUGCGGGUACCAGUCGUGCCCCCCGACCCGUCCGGACAUGCUGAACGUGCACCUGGUGCCGCACUCGCACGACGACGUGGGCUGGCUCAAGACGGUGGAUCAGUACUACUACGGGGUGCGGAACUGGGACCAGCACGCCGGUGUCCAGUACAUCCUGGACUCGGUGGUGGCCCAGCUGGCCGCCGACCCCCGGCGCUUCGUCUACGCCGAGGUGGCGUUCCUGGCGCGCUGGUGGCGGCAGCAGGACCGGGCCACCAGGAGCCUGCUCAGGGAGCUGGUGCAGGAGGGCCGGCUGGAGUUCGUGGGGGGCGGCUGGUGCAUGAGCGACGAGGCGGCGGCGCACUACGGGCCGGCGCUGGAGCAGCGGCUGGGCCGCCGCCUCCUGCGCCGCCUCUUCGGGGGCGGCACCCCGCGCGUGGCCUGGCAGAUCGACCCCUUCGGCCACGCCCGCCACCUGGCCGCCACCUUCGCGCAGAUGGGCUAUGACGGGCUCUUCCUGGGCCGUGUGGAUCACCAGGACAAGUGGGUGCGGCUGCAGCGCCGGGAGCUGGAGCUGCUCUGGAGGGGCAGCAGCAGCCUGGAGCCCCCCCAGGCCGACAUCUUCACCGGGAUCCUGCCCAACGUCUACGACCCCCCGGCCGGGCUGUGCUGGGACCAGCUCUGCGCCGACGCGCCGCUGGUGGACGGCGACGGCCCCGAGCGCAACGUGGACGCCGUGGUCGACUCCUUCCUGGGGGCCGCGGCCACGCAGGCCCAGCAGUACCGCACCAACCACAUCCUCAUGACCAUGGGCUCCGACUUCCACUACGAGAACGCGCACCUGUGGUUCAAGAACCUGGACAAGCUCAUCGCCCACACCAACGCCCAGCAAGCCAACGGCAGCCGCGUCCACGCCCUGUACUCCACGCCCUCGUGUUACCUGCGGGAGCUGCACCGGGCCAACCUCACCUGGCCCCUCAAGACGGACGAUUUCUUCCCCUACUCGGACGGGCCCCACCAGUUCUGGACCGGCUACUUCAGCAGCCGCCCGGCGCUCAAGGGCUACGAGCGGCUCAGCAGCGGCUUCCUGCAGGUCUGCAGCCAGCUGGAAGCCCUGGCGGCGGCGGCGCGGGUCGGUCCCUACGGGCCUGGGGACAGCUCCGUGCUCCGCGAGGCCGUGGCCGUGGCGCAGCACCACGACGCCGUGGCCGGCACCGAGAGGCAGCACGUGGCCAACGACUACGCCCGGCAGCUGGCCAAGGGCUGGGACACCUGCCAGGUGCUGGUGGCCAACGCCCUGUCCCUCCUGGGGGGCACCAAGGACCCCCUGGAAUUCUGCAACGCCCUCAACGUCAGCGUGUGCCCCCUCAGCGAGGCCAGCCCUCAGGUGAGCGCCCCUGGUUCACCGUCCAUCCUCUACAACCCCCUGGCCCGCGCCCUGGCCUGGCCCGUUGCGCCUGCCCGUCGGGGGCAGCUCCUACGCCGUCAGCGACCCCCAGGGCCGGCCCGUGGCCAGCCAGGUGCUGCCGGUGUCCGGCGUCACGCGGCGGCUGCGGGGCGGCGCCGGGGGGCCCCGGGGGAGCUCCUGUUCCAGGCCUGGGCCCCCCCCUUGGGCUUCAGCGCCUUCGGGGUGCAGCGGCUGAGCUCGGGGAGCCCCCCGGAGCCCCCCAGCCCCCCGGGGGACGCGGAGCCGUGGAUCGAGAACGAGCACCUGCGCGUCCUCUUCGACCCCGUCACGGGGCACCUGAGCGAGAUCCACAACCUGGCCGAGGGGCUCUCGCUGCCCGUCUUCCAGAGCUUCUACUGGUACAACGCCAGCACCGGGGACGCGCUCUCCCAAGCCUCGGGCGCGUACAUCUUCCGCCCCAACGCCUCCGAUCCCAUCCCCGUGGCCAAAGCCGCGGCCACGCGCCUGCUCAAGACCCCGCUGGUGCAGGAGCUGCAGCAGAACUUCUCGGCGUGGUGCUCGCAGGUGCUGCGCCUGCGCCCGGGGCAGCCCUACCUGGAGCUGGAGUGGAGCGUGGGGCCCAUCCCCGUGUCGGACGGGCUGGGCAAGGAGGUGAUCAGCCGCUUCCGGACGCCGCUGGCCACGGCCGGGCGCUUCCACACCGACUCCAACGGGCGCCAGGUGCUGGAGCGCAGGCGUGACUACCGGCCCACCUGGAACCUGAGCCAGAGCGAGCCCGUGGCCGGGAAUUAUUAUCCCGUGAACACGCGGAUCUUCAUCGAGGACGGCAAGGUGCAGCUGACGGUGCUGACGGAUCGCUCCCAGGGCGGCAGCAGCGUCCUGGACGGGUCCCUGGAGCUGAUGGUGCACCGGCGCCUGCUGAGGGACGACGGCCGGGGGCUGGGCGAGGCGCUGGACGAGCCAGGUGCCGACGGGCGGGGCCUGGCGGUGCGCGGCCGGCACCUGUUGCUGCUGGGCGCGUCGGCGGCGGCGGAGGCGGCUUGGCAACGCCCCAAGGGCGCAGGAGAUGGCGAGCCCCCGCACCUGGUGCUGGCAGCGGGCCCGGGGCCUCACCUGCGCCAGGUGAGCGGGGCCGGGAUGGCAGGGUCACCUGCGCCAGGGCGGGGCUCUCUGGUCUCACCUGCCCCAGGUGAGCAGGGCGGGGCUCUCUGGUCUCACCUGCCCCAGGUGAGCAGGGCGGGCUCUCCCCCUCACCUGCGCUCCCCGCAGUUCUCUCGGGCUGCGCCGGCCGCUGCCGCCCACCUGCACCUGCUGUCGCUGGAGGCGCGCGGCGCCGGGAGCGUGCUGCUGCGCCUGGAGCACCUGUACGAGCGCGGGGAGAGCCGGAACGGCUCCCGGCCCGCCACCGUCGACCUGACGACCCUUUUCUCGGCCUUCACCGUCACCUCGUGCGGGAGAUGGCGCUGGGCGGGGACGUGCCCCUGGAGAGCGUCUCCCGCCUGCUCUGGAACACGGACACAGGCACCCCCAAGCCGCGGCGGGCGCCCCGGCCGGACCCGCGGCGCGUGCGGCUGGAGCCCAUGGAGAUCCGCACCUUCCUGGCCUCGGUGCGGUACCGGGGGCCCGGCGAGGGGGGGUCCUGAGCCGGGGACCCCCCCGCCCGCGAAUAAAAAUAAAAAAAAAAACCUCUGCAUUCGGAGCGCGCCCCCCCCGCACACCGAGGUG